AUGUGGACAAGUGACUGUUUAACUACUAAACUGAAACGCCUUACUUGUCAGGGAGAUAUACAAGAUCAAAUACGGAGUCGUUUCCACAUACGCGAUAACUCUGUAUCCCCCACUACUCGCAAUCUCUGGACAUGUUCUGAAAGUGUCGAGGAGCUCAUAUCAGGUAAACUGACUGAGAGAUUCAAAACAAAUGAUGAACCUCGAUGUCUUUGUGUUACUAGUGAUGAGCAUAUCCUUGUUGGAACAAAACACAGAAUUUCCGAGUACACUCCGGACGGGAAGCCCGGUAUCACCACCGAAAUAUCAUUGUUCAAGAAAGCGGUGGUGUGUUCACCAUGGAGGAUAUCACAGUGUCCCCUCAGCGACAAUGUCGCUGUAGUUGAUAGAGAUGAGGAAAAAGAUGGCGGUAAGGACAAACCAGCAGUCAUAGUGUUGGACAGACAACUACAGCACUUAUAUAGGUAUGGAGAAUCACAACACAACAGCAUGACUAACUGUCAAUGUUUUGACCCCUGGGAUUUGACGUACGACAGUCAAAGAUUCCUGGUGGUUGCUGACUAUAAAAACAAACACCUACAUCUCCUGAGUGGUGAUGGACAAUACCUGCGACUGCUACAUACUGAUAUAGACUGUCCCCGAGCUGUAUGUGUGGACACGGAGGGAGUGCUGUGGGCGGUGUUUGGUCUUGUAUCCAUGACUUAUCAAAAGGUGAAACGACUGCAGUACACAGGAUUUUAA